AUGACCCUGUUGCGCAUGGUGGCUUUGGGGCGGUGUGCGACUCAGAAUGCCCUCAAAAUUGAACACCUCAUGAGGCUGUUUGAAUUCUGCCAACAAACUUUCUUCACUUUUGCGGGAGAGACCUAUGAACAAAUCAAGGGAACCCCUAUGGGCUCACCGGUCUCCGGUUUGGUGGCAGAACUGGUCCUACAGGAGUUGGAAAAGAUUGCCUUCCUCCAACAUGAACCGGUGUUUUGGCGACGUUACGUUGACGACACGUUCGUCAUCGUAAAGAAGGACAUGCUGCAACAUUUUCACAGCCUGCUCAACGCAGUCUUCCCGGAUAUAAAAUUCACUAGAGAAGAAGAACAGGAGCAGCAGUUGCCCUUCCUGGAUGUGCUCGUCAGACGAAACCUUAACGGUGAACUUGAAACGACGGUUUAUAGGAAGGCAACGAACACCACACAGCUUCUCAGUUUUCACAGCAACCAUCCGGUGGCCCACAAACGAAGCUGUGUGAAGACGCUCUUCAAACGGAUCCAAACUCAUUGCAGCAAACUGGAAGACAGAGCGCGUGAGGCCCGUUAUCUCCGCGACCAGUUUGUGCAAAAUGGCUAUCCGAGGGCAUUCAUAAGUCGCUGCCUACGCGGUCGCCACCAGAGAACUCAGACAUCAACGCCACCGACGAUAUGGCAUGCUCUGCCAUACAUCAAGGGUGUUUCAGAAGCGACCGAGCGCAUUGCUGCGGAGCUAGGGGUUGGAAUCGCACACCGCCCCAAAGCCACCAUGCGCAACAGGGUCAUGAAGAUCAAAGACCGGUUAAAACCUGAAGAGCAAUCUGGAGUAGUGUAUCGCAUUCCGUGUCAAAAUUGUCCUUGUAAUUACACAGGACAGACUGGACGCAUGCUCGGAUCGCGCAUACAUGAACAUAAGCUGGCUGUGCGGCGAGGCGACGCAUUGUCACAAGUGGCCGCCCACACCUACGAAAUGGGUCACCAGUUUGACUUCGCUGCCACCAAAAUAGUCGCCCACGCCGGAAACAAAACAGGCCGAGAAUUGAUUGAAGCCUGGGCCUCGGAUGAGAACUCGGUCAAUCGAUUUAUCGAUCUGGCGCCGGCGUACAGAGCCCUUCGUAGUCACCUCCAGUCGUGCGACGUCGGUCGAUGA